UCCAUAGUUUACGUCUCUAACAAAAUGGGAAGGUCGAGAUUCCCUGGGAAGCCGCUCAAAUUCCAGAACAGAAAGCGUAUUAGUGUACUAUCGGGUGUCGUUUACAAUGAGGCAGCUGCGGACGGGCAGGCGCCCGCGCCCGCAGCAGGCGCGGGGGAGAAAGAGGAAGAAGAAAAGAAAGAAAGUAAUAAGGAAACAGAAACAAAUGGUAGCAAAGAGACUGUAAAUGAUGAACCAGUGAGCAAUACUGCGGAAGUUCCAGAUAGCAAUAAUAGCGAGACCACAAAUUCCUCUAAAUCCCCUGUGAGAACUCGAUCUCAAAACAAAAUGGAGCCCGGGAAACCUGAAAAACCUAAACCAGUGAAGAAAACAGUUACCUUUGGAACUGUUGAGAGCUGUGAAGAUACUUUCUUACCCCUGAAGAAGCUACCGUCAAAGAAUCAAGCGCCCCUUCAGCCAAUUAUUAAAAAGAAAUCUGCUCUCAAACAAACUGAAUAUUCAACAUUCAGUAGUAUCCUGAAGCCGGCUAAACUGACAGAUCUUAGUUCUAAAUCUUCAUUUGACCACCAAGAGGGAUACCUAAGAAAGAAUCUAAAUCCUCUUUCAAAACCAGUAAAUAAGUUCUCUCAGUAUAGCGAGGGUCGGUGCCUGUCUCCGCCUCCUCGAAAUGCAUCUCCCAUUGAGAGGGACAGCUCAAAUAAGUUUGUGUUACCUGUGAGGAGCGCCCACUCCUCAAGAGUUAUAAAACCAAACAAGAAGUUUAUAGAUGGAGAGGACCAAACAAUCAUAACAUCCAGCAGUAUAGGCGCUGGCAAGCUACUUAAAAAGCCAAAAUUAAAGAAAGUAGUAUUCAACAACCUCCACCAAGAUGACGAUGCUCCAGAGGAGGAGGAAGCAGAGAAGCUUGACAAUGACAAGCUCAGAGAAAAGAUAUUGGCCUCAAGUCUGUUCAAAGACAAAACCACCAACUCCUUCUCUGGUCUUAGCGGAUCCCGCAAACUCUUUUCAAACUAUGAAAAGGAGCCCGAAUACUCCCAAGAUGAGAAUUCAAAUGUGGAAGGUCUGGAGAAGGUUAAGACAGUGGAAUCUCACAAGGAUGAACGGGCCGGGCACGCUUUACGGAAGCUGAUGGACAUAUCUGAUGCUAGUAGCACUAGCAGCACAAGUAGUGGGUCCGAGUCAGAGGAGAGUUGGGACAGUGAUAGUGCAGCGGGGAGCGGGGAGGAGGAAGAGAAACCUCCGCCCAGCCCUGAGCGGGAGAAGGCUCCAGCCUCGCAGCUGCUCAGCGGAAAAGUCAUCAUUCGGGAGGCUCGGCUGCAGCUGAAUCCACCCGCGCCGCUGGUGACGGGAGCUGAUGGACCCUUCUCUACAUUUACUCCUACUUGCUCUUCACCAAACCCCAACAUCCCAGUAACAUGUGGCGUGUGCGGCGCAGUUCGCUUCUACAAGUUCGUGAAGCAAGCGCGCAAGUUCGGCAUCUACUCGUGCGAGUCGUGCCGCAAGUUCAUCUCCAAGAUGAUCAAGAAGGAGAAGAUUGCGCAGACCUCUGGACCGAUUGUGAUGCACUGUUUGAAGAGAGAAGGCAACUGCCACGUGCCUCCAAUCGUGCGCUCGCAACAAUGGAAGUUCAAGCGAUGCGCCAACAAGUCGCGCUGCCCCGCGUGUUGGCUCCAAAAGUGCCUCAAAGCCUUCCAAGUACCCGCCACUAUCCGAACAGGCCUCACUGCUAUGCUGCCUCCAUAUAUGAGAGCAUCGGCCAAGCCUACUAGCCCCCUAUCCCAAGUGAACCCCUUGAGGCUAGGGGCCAGUACUGCCCUGACUGGUCAGCCAAUGUUUGGCGCACUAACGGGUGAGGCUGAAGGCAAACCAUUUGCUGUGAAGACUGGCAAGAAGCCCGAGCCUGAACCCGUGAAGGUUGAAGCGACUGUAGUGGCUGAGAAAGAGGAAAAACCCAAGAAAGAAGUAACAACAACGCCAGACGAAACUAACGAAGAGUUCAGCCUGAAUAGAAAACGCAGGCUACAAAGAGUAAAAGUUAGGAAGAAAGAUAAGACGGAAUCCAAAGACGCGAAACAAGUCGAGGAUCCAAAGAGACAGAAAGUGGAGCUCAAAGGUCCAAGAGUCAAGCACGUCUGUCGAAGUGCGUCGAUAGUCCUCGGCCAGCCAAUAGCAACAUUCCCUGACAAGGAUAAGGACAAAUCAGAUGACGAUUCUGUCGCAAUAGACAAGGAUAGCAUCAUACCGGAUGAGACAAUAAGCUGUGAUACAGAAAUGGAAGAGAACAAGCCGCCUCAGAUAGUUCCUGAAGUGGCGGUUAGCAAGGAUGUUGAGGAGACGACUGAAGCUAAGAAACGUAAAGUGGAUGCGUUGCCGAAAGUGGUCGGUAAAGGCGAGUCGAGCGAGGAUGAAACUGUCAUGGAGCUAGUGCCUAGGAAGACGGUUAUGAAGCCUCUCAGCAACAUCACCAACUCUACUGGCCGCGGCCGCAUCCAGAAGUGCGACCAGAACCGCGCGGAGCUCAUCUGCGUGGACUUCUGGGAGAGCUACGACCCGGACGAGGUGUGCUCGUCGGGCUUCGGCCUGAUUGGCUCGGCGCCCUUCCCCGUGGCACGGCUGUGCUUCCUGUGCGGCAGUGCUGGCCAGGAAAAAAUGCUAAACUGCUACUCCUGCUGCGAGUGGUACCACAGCUGGUGCCUCGACCAGCCGGCGGGCGGCGCGGGCUGGGCGUGCGCGCGGUGCGUGGCGUGCGCGGGCUGCGGGCGCGGCGCGGCGCGGGCGCGGUGCAGAGUGUGUGCAAGGCAUUACCACGAUAAGUGUCUGCCGGCGGCGCCUAGCGGGCAGUGGAGCGAUUGGCCUAAGAUAUGCGGCUCAUGCCUCAAAUGCAAGUCGUGCGACAGCGGGCGGGUCACCAAGUUUGUGGGCAGCCUCCCCUUCUGCAGCUCCUGCUUCAAGCUGCGCCAGAAGGGCAACUACUGCCCGCUGUGCCAGGCCUGCUAUAGGGACAACGACUUCGAUAGCAAGAUGAUGGAAUGCGGCUGGUGCUCACGAUGGGUGCACGCCAGCUGCGAGGGUCUCUCCGGAGAGGGAUACCAGCUGUUAUCAGCCCUCCCUCCCUCCAUCGAGUACAUCUGUCGCCAGUGCAUGCCCCACGACCCGCCCUGGCGGAAGAUGCUCACUGACCACCUCAAGGGAAGACUUCUGCACCUGCUGAAACUACUAGCCAAGAACAAAAAGGCCUGCGCACUACUCAAACUCACCCCGCACAAAAACACGCCCGUCCCGAACAAACCCUUCAGACUUAUGUCGCCGCAGGCGAUUAGGAAACUACACUUUGAUGAUACGGAUACGUUGAAGAACACGACAGAGACGAAAGUGUAUAGAAAUAAUUCGAGAGGCAGACGGGCUAAUGUGCAGAAAACAGAGGAUUCGGCCAAAAUAUGGCAUUGCAACUCGCUUUUGAGUGAUGUUCAGAUGGAGAAGGCAGACAUGCCGCACCCGUCGCACAAAGUCGUCAACCUACAGGAGCCCCUGAUGCAGAACAAAGAGAUAUGCUUCUCAACAGGACUGUACGGAACCAAAACAGAAUUUGACGCUCCAUGUGUUGAGGUGCACGAGAAUAAUCCUCCUGAGAAGGAAAAUGCCUCGAUGUUGCCGACGACCGUACAUGAUGACAAAUACGACGCUAUUUCUGAUGAUGACGAACCUAUGAAGAUUGUUUCUCCAGAGAGAAGCGAGCAAGAACUAAGUCCGCUAGUAGCGAGGCUAGACGCAAACAUGGAUGAUCCUAACAGAAUACUAUCACCAUCGUUACUGGACAUCAAGAAACGAGUAAACAGCGACGAAUAUGUAUCGCUAAAAGACUUCAACCACGACAUGAAAGAAGUAAUACAAAGGACGUCGAACGUAGACUUGAGGUCGAUUUACAAGAAUGUGUUCUCAGAAACAUUCCCGUGGUUCGACUGCGAGAACAACUGCUUACAACCGAACUUAGAAGUGGAAGGAGAACACGACGACACAGAGUCCUUGAAAGACCAAGAAAUGACGGAAACCAAACCUGGCAACACAGCACAGAUACUUGAAAAACCGGUGGAUCAAAUAGUUCCGAAGUUGGAAGUUGAGGAGCAGAAAGUAGUAGAAGACUUGAUAGAGUUCUACCCUGUGGAUUCUAGAAUAUGCGUUCUGUGCAAAGUGACGGGUGACGCCAGUCCAGCGAUGGAAGGGCGGUUGCUAUACUGCGGCCAAAAUGACUGGAUCCACGCAAACUGCGCUCUCUGGUCAGCCGAAGUGUUUGAAGAGAUCGACGGGUCCUUACAAAACGUCCACUCAGCUAUAUCGAGAGGGAAGAUGAUCAAAUGUGCCGCGUGUGAAAUGAAAGGUGCUAGUGUCGGCUGCUGUGCCAAGAACUGCAGUGAGACGUAUCAUUACGCAUGCGCGAGGAAGCAAGAAUGCGCUUUCAUGGACGACAAGAGAGUCUUCUGUCCACCCCACGGAAAAGACAUCCCAAAGAAGCAAUUACAAAAAGACGCAGACUUCGAACUAACAAGGCCAGUGUACGUCGAACUCGACAAGAAAAAGAAGAGAUACAGCGAGAUAAGCAAAGUACAAUUUCUGCUCGGAUCACUAACGGUGCAAAGUCUCGGAAAGAUAGUGCCGUCUGUGUCAGAUUAUGAAGAGUUCUUGAUGCCUGUUGAUUUCUCCUGCACACGGCUGUUUUGGUCCAGCAAAAAGCCAGCUAAAGUUGUGAGAUACACGAUAAGGACAAAGCUUAUACUAUCAGAGCCAUUGCCAGGUUUCGACUUUGGUGUCAACAUAACUGUAGACCACACGAAGCACCCUCAAGUGGUCGAGCGAGUGAUGGCGGAGAUAGGAGCGUGGCAUGAGAGCAUCGAGACAGGGGCUGGAACAGCCGCCAUGCUAUUCAAAAACGACAAAUCCCCAAAGAAAUUCGGCAACUCUGUAACAUUAGAAGACUUAGCUGUAAAGCAAGUAGUAGACUUCUUAUUAGACAACGUGUGUAAGCAAGAGCAAGACGAAGAAGAACCGCAAAAUACGGCCGAUUUACUACCUCCAGAACUAAAAGACGCUAUAUUUGAAGACCUAAACCAUGACCUAUUGGAUGGAAUUUCUAUGCAGGAUAUAUUCCCCAAACUUAUGUCCUAUGAAGACCUUGUCACGAUGGAUGUAAUGAAAAAUGAACUAUACGGAGUCAUGAGUCAGUCUGAUGAUAAGAGCGAAAGGGGUGACUCUAGAUCUACAACUGACUUCAUUGACGAGCUUCUAAACGCAAGACUUGAGUCAGGAAGUAAGGAGCUGAAAAGAAGCAAGUCGGAAAUGUUGUUACAGAAUCACAAUCUGAAAACGUUAACAACUGGUCGUGGUCAGCAACGAUCCAGCAGUCUGACAUGGAAUAACAAGUUCGACUCCAGCCUGCUAUCGUCAACGAUCAAACGAUGCAAAAUGGGGCGAACAUCAACUGUCACUGGCAAACUCAGCCCCGUACAACGAACGCCUCUACUUGAAAGCCCAUUGGAGACGGCCAAAGAAGCCCCAACAGUUGAAAAGAAACCUAAAGAAGAGACUACUAGCACUACCGCCAUCUGUGAUGAAGCUCCCCACACUUCUGGCUUGAACUACAGAACCACAUCGCCUAAGGAAAAGGAUUCGGAAACUACAGAGGAGAAAUCCGACAAGACUGAAGGCUACUACACUGAUGUUAUUGACUUCUAUACAAAGAUCCAGUGUAGUCCGAUAUCUCAGUUGGACGGCGCCGCUGAUUGGUCAGGGUCGGAAAGUACUUGCAGCUCUCGACCCAGUAGUCCCAGAGAAAACGAAGACUUCUCACCGAUACAACAACUAGAUGGCGCUGAUGACCAUCAGAAUGACCAGAGAAACCAAACCAACCAGUUUCUGUACAGAGCCAGCGGUAGCGAAAGUACUUACACCGUCACUAUUGCUGGUAAUUCCCUAAGUGGUCAGCCAGAGCUGGUCAUGAGGCCGUUAGAUGACAAUUCCGGUAACAACCACAUGGAACAACCAGUCCGGUGUGACCGAUGCCAGUGCACUUACAGAAAUAAAGAGUCGUACGAUAGACACGUGCCUUCGUGCGACAUGAUGUCGACGAGUGAAAGCGAGAGUGAAAACCCGAAGUCUCCUGAAAACAGAACUUUGACGACGCUUCAGAACGCGUUCCAAGGCGCUUUCGCCCAGCCCAUGAUCAUACACGCUGGCGUAGUCAGUGGCUCGGAAAACACAGUGAAAGCUGAAGGCAUAUCAGCUAGGAGAACCUCUAUAAACACUCGCCAGAUAACCAUCAAUGGAACCAUUGUAGAAACGCCUUCUCCAGGCCCUUCAAACGAAAUGACAAUGACUAUUACAGAACAAAUGAAGUCAGGCACAGUCAUCUUCGACCAGAGUAAAACUAACGUGCAAGUAUCGGCGAACCAACAAGUCCUGUCGUCUCCCCAAAUAGUUGUCACGCCGCAAAUGCUUAUGCCUAAAACUUCUGCAGCUGGAAACCAAAAGAUGAUGGCUCCACAGAUUAUAACCCAACAAGGAGUUUUGCCGUACAACAUUUGUGUGAAACCCGGAAAUGGUAACAAUUUGCAACAACUUCAAGGCAGUGAUAUGGCCCAGUUCCUCUCUCAAGCUGGUGGCAUCCAAGUUAUAACAUCAAAUUCUAACCAAGUGCUGACAAUACCGACCAACCAACAAGGCAACAUCAACAUGCUACAAGGAAAGAGCCAAGUGACAAAUUUCCCGAACAUGGCAAGCGCGUCGUCUAUCCAACUGCCGGUAAACUCACUUCAGGGUAUGAACAACGCUUCAAUAAUUCAAAACAUCCAACCAAUGAUCCGGCCCAACAUUCAAGGGAACACUAUAGUGGUGCCAGCAAUGACGACCCAAAGGCUCUCAUCGCCUAACGCGCACCAUAAACAACAGAUACUUAUCCCUGGAAAUCCACAGAAAUCUCCAAAGAAACAACCAACACCGGUUCAACCCAAGCCGAUAUUCCAGGCGGCUAAUAGAGGCAGAGGCAGGCCUAUGCCUAAACCUACAACCAUAAAACGACACUCGAAAUUAGAAAAGACAUUCACAACCAUCAACCAGCCUUUGGGAGCUGGAAACACUGUUAUACAACUGCAGACAAACAACCAGACUGGACAACCAUCCAUUAUAGUACAGCCUGUAGCCAACCAGAAUCUAAUGUCAGCUUACGUCGAAGCGUUAUCACAGCAGCAGAAUCAGAAUAUGCAAUACAUAGCCACUAUUGGACCUCAAGGGGACUUCAAAACUGGACCGACUCAGUUCAUAACACAAGGCGGAAUGGUCCCUCAGACAUUCCAGAUACAACAGACAGAGAAUGGCGGCUUAGUGGCUGUACCGAGUGGGGGAAUCCCUGUAUUACUUCAACAAGGAAAUGUUGGUCUUCUACCGCAGACGUUGCAACAAGGGACUAUUCUACCUCAAGGCACAAUCCAACAAGGAAUCUUAUCUCAAGGACCCAACGGCCACACGAUCCUCCCACAAGCGAUACACACCCAGAAUGGUACCACUAUCAUACCGCAGGGAACGUUACAAGGACUUACCUCUGGAAACUUGACUUCUCAAGCAACUCUACUACCAAACAACACCUUGCAAACUACAGUUGCUGUGCCCCAAAGUGGCAUGAACAGCGGACAAACAACUAUACUGCCUAAUCAAUUAACAUCACAAGGAGCUACCAUCUUACCUCAAGGUACUUUACUGCCACAGUUCUGUAACGACCAAGUGCUACUUCAAUCGACGCCAACCCUAGAAAUGGUAACAGAUCCGAAUGGCUGUAUGUACUUGACAACAACGCAACCUGUGUACUACGGCUUAGAGACCAUCGUUCAGAACACUGUGAUGUCUUCACAACAGUUUGUGUCGACAGCUAUGCAAGGAGUGCUAGCUCAAAACAGUAGCUUCUCAGCCACAACAACGCAAGUCUUCCAAGCAAGUAAGAUAGAACCGAUAGUGGAAGUUCCAACGGGCUAUGUAGUCGUUAAUAAUGUUGGUGAACAAGUUAAUUCUUCGACACCUAAUGUGGUCACAGCACAAACCGUUCAAACGUCUCCGCAAACUAUGAAGAACAUGAAGACACCAAUACCUAAUUUGACUCUACAACCACUGCCAGACAAGGGCAACUCUAACAGACAAGCGCCGAAAGUACUACAAAUGAGCCCAGCGUCUAUCGCUGUCGGGUCUCAGCAAGGUACCAUCAUCACUGGAAGGUCGAAUAUGAAUCCCAUAACGUCGCAAAUCCACACAAUGACGCUAUCGAGCACUCCACAGAAUAUGGGAAAGAUCAACAUGUCGAAGCCAAACUUCGUAUCCAUGUCUCCAAAUGUUACGCUUAUAUCUUCAACUGGACAACCCGUCAUGGCGAUCUCACAGUCUAUUCCCAAUUCCGUGUCUUUCUCGCUGCAAUCGAUACCGCUAUCGCAGCCGAUUGUGUCGAGUUCAAUCGCCCCAUCGAUGAAUAAGAAUAUGGGUAACGCAAAGAUGGAGAACUCUCACGUAAUAGAAAUUGGCGGCAACUUGCAAGACAAUUCAAACUCCAUGCCGACUAUAAACGUGGCACAGAGUCUAAAGUCACCUACACCGUGGCGACAAAUCAGCACUCCCAUCAGUGUGUCGAACAUCGACAACAACAAGACUCUGGAGUUGCAGAACUCGAUAAAGACGAGUUGUUCCAUGAAUAAUUCGUCAAUGAACAUUCAGAGCAACAUGGGUAGGCAACAUUCCCACAAUGAACCUGAAAAGAUGAACCAGAUGACGAUUAGUGGCAUCAACACUUCAAUGCCGAGCAACAACCACAUGCAUCAGUUUGAGUCCAGCCACGUGAGCCAUCACUCAACUACUCACACAUCCACCAAUAACGUCAUCCAAAUAACAGCUGGCAACAUCUACCAGCCAUCCUCAUCUGUAAUGAGCACAAGCUUUGACGCUGAAACGGCUAUUAAACUGAGCAAAAUCAACGCUCUUUCUAAAGCUGAAGGGGGCCAUCUUAAUUUCUCUCAAGAAAUUAUGGCGUCGCACUCACAACAACACGCACAAAAUGAGAAGACAUUCCAGAACAUCGGAAACAACGACAACAAGCACAUGGAAGCCAUCAACAAUCAGAUGAAUAUACAUAAGCUUAACAGUUGUCAAAUGGCCAGCAACAACUCUCCCUCUAUCAACAUCGUGCCCCACAACAUGAUGCGACCUCCGUCGCAAAACAACCAAAACACUAUUUCUGUUCCCAACAAUCAGAAUCAGAUGUGUUCAAUAUCGACCCAAAACAACUCGUCUCAUGGAAUCCAGAUGCAAAACUCUGCUCCCAGUGGAAAUAUGUCGUGUCAGGAAUCGAACAACAGAGUGAAUAUUAGCGUCAGUGAAGCCAACACCCAACAAUCGCCAUCCUGCAGCAACCAACAACAUGAUGUAUCAAAUUCUUCUCACAACUCUAUGAAUGUAUCUCACGGAAACAACCAAAUGAUGUCCCACGAAAACAGCCACCAUUCGACCAACCAGAUACAUAUAAUGAGUGGGCAAAUACAACACAAUCGCCAGCUAGACAAUAGUUCGCAAAUGCAACAGAACAAUCUGAUGAAUCAAGCCGCAUCCAACAGAUCCUUCCACGAUAUGAAUAAUCAGCAAACACACAACCAAGUCAACAUGGCAUCAAAUCGGUCAACUCCAGACAAUACUCACCUCAUGAACCAAUCAAUGAAUAUGCAUAAUAUGGGCAAUAACCACAAUCUAAAUCGCUCUCAGAGUGACCUCAACCACAUGCAUAUUCAACAAUCCAUGUCGAACAUGAAUAAUAUGCAGAAUAACCGUAUGAUGAUGGACAAUAUGCAAGGCCACUCAAUCAACAAUAUGAGCCACCAAAUGCAUUCAAACAGAUCAAUGGACAACAUGCAUAAUCAAAUAGUGCACAGCGUCUCACAGAUGAAUCACCACAUGAAUAAUACGAACCGGCAACAGAUUGAUAACAACUUACAUGUGAACCAGCAGAUGCAAAUACAAUCAAACAGGCAGAUGGACAAUGUAGGUCACCACCAUCAACACCAGAUGCCUAAUGUGAUGCAAAUACAGAACAACCGCCAACACAUGGACAGUAAUUUGAUGGGAAUUCACCAGCAUAUGCCAAACCAAAUACAUAACCGUCAGAUGGAGAGCAAUAUGCACAUGCAUCACAUGUCGGGAUCUACUCCUAAUAUGGGCAUGGGGAGUCAAAUGGAGAACUCUGGAGCAAUGACGCCGAAUAUACCGAACUUGCACGGCCGACACGACAACUCUAUGUCGAUGCAAAACAUAAACCCCAUGAGCCAAAUGCAGGGCAACCGAGCUAUGGAUCACCCGCCGCACAUGCAACACCAAAUGAACAAUAUGAACGCUAUGAAUAAUAUGAACAUGCACAGCAAUAUGAGCAACUCAAUGCAAAUCGGUAACCAGACCCAUCAGCCGAUGAUGCAUGUGCCCAACAUUCCCGAUAUCAAGAACGAAAUGCAGCCGUCAUCGUGCAGUGGAAGUUGCUCGAACAAUUCCUCUCAGUUCACGAGCAACCAGUCGUCAUUUGAAAUGUGCGCUAGCGGCAACAGCAACCUGAAUAUGCCUCCCGGGAAUAUGAUGCAUGGAAUGAACGUUAACAAUUCAAACAUGAACAGUAAUAUUAUGAUGGGCAAUGUCAAUAACAGCGGGAUCUACGGCGGCAACCAAUCCGGUAUGACCAGCCAUGAGAUGCUGAUGGCGUGUAACAACUCCUCAGAUCAUGGAGUCAACAACCUGAUGCCACCCACAAAUAAUCAUAUGAUGAUGAAUAAUCCACAACCACAUGGUAGUAACAACCAGAGCCAAAUGAUCGGCCCUCAGGUGCCCAACAACACUCAAAUUAACAUCAGCAGCUGUAGCAUGAAUUCGAACACAACCCAGAAUCAGAUCACCAACAUGGAUCCCCAAAUUAAUAGAGCAAACAUCAGUGUCAACGAACAACCGAAAUUCGGACAGGAAGCGUGCAGAGGCAAGAAUAUCAUGGGGCCACCAGCCAACACCAACAUUGGCCCUAUGCAAACGCUGCCUAACAACGACUGUGCUAAAGUGAAUAUCGUCACUAACGAUAAGCAAAACCAUUCGAUUUCAGUCAACAACCAAAUGCAGGGUUUCAUGCCUAUGAAUGCACAAAACAACAGAGUGAUCAACUUGCCUGAGCGAGGCCGGAUGAAUAACGCUAAUUUGGAGAGUAACAUUCCUCAGCAUAUGCCCCAGCAAAUGCCCCAACAAAUGCCUCAACAAAUGCCCCAACAACACAACAUCCGUGUUGUCACCAACAACAACACCAAUGUUCCGGGCAUGCCGACCGAGCCCCUGACCUUCCAACAGAAGAGCGAGAACAGCAGCACCAUGAUAAAUGUCCCGUUCCAGGCGAUACCGAACAGUGCCCCCAUGAACAUCAAUGUCAACUCCAGCAACAAUACUGUAAACAUCACAGUGCAAAACAACCUGGUCGACCCAAAGAUCGCUUCAAAAGCCUCCACCGACAUCAACUUCCCGUUGCAAGCCAGCACUAGCAUAGUGCCGAAUCAGAAUGCCAACAACAACAUGAUAUGUAUUCCGGUGCAGCAAAACAGCACUAUUAGCUUGCAGACGCAAAGCACUUCGAGCAUAAGCUUACCAAAGGCGCCGCCGACGCAGCAGUCAGGGAUACCAACGAACGUCGUCAACCCGAUGUCGAAGAGGCCUAUGAAUAGAGUUCUGCCGCUCCACAGAGAUGGGCAAAGCAAGACUGCUACAAAUACUUCUGCUGCUCCUAAAACACCAGCUGCCGUGGCGAGGCCCAGGCCUGUGAGCCAUGACAUGCCAGACCUGACCAUGAAGGACGAAACCAUUGACAGUGAUUUGGAGAAGGCUAUCGAGGAGUCGAAGAGGAUGAUGGAGCUCGAAAGGAUCAAGCGUGAGAAAGAAGAGCGCGAUGUUACAAGAGCCACUCAACUGUCAACUGCUUCAAAUCAAGCCAAUACCAGCACAGCGUCAGCAGUCCAAGAAUCAACUUCAGUAGCCGUCGUGCCUACACCGGCUGCGCCUAAAAUGUCUUCAUUACCGUCAUUAGACGCAGAAAUGAUUGACGUGCAACCACCUAAAGUCCUAACAGUGAAAGACACCAAUAAGGCUCCAGUGCCUACUAAAGUGCCUGCAGCUACUACCAAAGUAAUGAAGCGUCCUCUAGGAGACAAAAAGAGCGAAACAGAGGCCGUAGCCACUAAGAAACAGAGCAAAGCUAAAGGCCAAGAGAACAUCAAAUCAACCCAUUCAGACAAACCAAAACAAACACCCGACCCGCCGAAGGACGAUGGUCCCAAGUUGAUCUACGAAGUUACCUCUGAAGAUGGGUUUACAUACUCAUCGAGUUCGCUAACAGAUCUCUGGGGGAAGGUGGUGGAUGCCGUCCAGAAUGCGAGGAAGGUGUCAGGUUUGCAGCCCAUACAGUACAACCUGGCCACUAGUCUAUCUGGCGCUCAUCUAAUUGGACUUAACAACAACGGAUUGAGAUAUCUCGUCGAACAAUUGCCCGGGGCAAGCCGCUGCUCAAAGUACAAGGCCAAGCAAGGUCGCGAGCUGUACAGCUGGGACAACGACCUUGACCUCAGCGAAGGGUUCAAGGAGAGCGUGUGGGGCGCGGCUCGCCUCGGCCCGGUCAGACAGAAGCCCAACCUGGACAUGUUCAGCUGGAUGGCCUCGCCGUUUAGAGAGGAACCGCCGCCGCCGGGGCAGGACGGCGGGGAGACUAUGGUUUCUAGACGCCUAGCGACGCUGCCACUAGCCAUGCGGUUCCGCCAUCUGAAGGAGACAUCGCGCGCGGCCGUCGGCGUGUACCGCUCGCACAUACACGGUCGCGGACUGUUCUGCAAGAGGGAUAUUGAAGAAGGCGACAUGGUAAUCGAGUACGCGGGCGAAGUCAUCCGAGCAGUGCUGGCGGACCAGCGCGAAGCUCGCUACGAGGCUCGGCGAGGCGCGGGCUGCUACAUGUUCCGUAUUGACGACCAGCUCGUGGUCGACGCGACGCUCAAGGGCAACGCGGCCAGGUUCAUCAACCACUCGUGUGACCCGAACUGCUACUCCCGCGUGGUGGACAUCCACGGACACAAACACAUCCUGAUCUUCGCCCUGCGGCGAAUCACAAUAGGCGAGGAACUUACUUACGACUACAAGUUCCCCUUCGAAGAGGUCAAAAUACCCUGCACCUGCGGGGCCAAGAAGUGCCGCAAGUACCUUAACUGAAAGGGGUAAGAGUGAAUUUGAUUUGUCAAUUAAUCUUGGAUGAAAGGAAUUUGAACUUUCCCGAACUAAGGACGACUCUCGAUGUCGGACUAAAGUGAAGUGAAACCAUGGACACGUUAUAGUUAAUGCGUUAAAAUAGCAUAAUAACUGAAAGUACAUUACUGAAAUUAGACUUAAUAUUUGGAACAAUUAUUUUAGUAAACGGAGUGAUGGGGAGUUAUAUCGAUGGAUCUCCUAAGAAUUCUAAGUGUGAAUCGUUAGAAUUUGAGUGCGGGGAAGUGUGUUGUAUAAAAUACUGGGUUGAGCACAAUUUUGUAUGUAUAUAAGACAAUAAGUCAAUUCACAUAUCUUGUUGUUUACCGGCCGGGCGGCGUUGUGGCCCGAGUUAUUGUUUCAAGUUAUCUUUGAAUCUUGUUAUGAUCUCUUUCAUGAAUCUACCCAGUGUUUAAGUGAUGUUGGAUUUUUGUAUCAUUAGUUGAGCCCUUACUUAAGAAUUAUGUUGUGAUAGGUUCCGUGUACAUAAUUUGUUUAGUUUUGUAAAUCAUGUUAACGCGUUCGCGAACGGCUUAAGAGGUGCGCCCAAAGUGGACACUUGCUUGAUGUGAUAAGUCUUGAGUCCUUCUUGGCUACGAGUACAGUUACUGUAUAUUUGUUUUUUAUUUUAUCUUUUUACUAGUUGUUCAGUCUCGAUUAAAGCGGACGUGUAAAUAGGAAGGUAACUAGUGUAAUCAGUUAGUACAUGAAAUGAGUAGGAAUAUUUCGAGUACAAUGUUACUUUUAUUUAGUGAUUAAACGAGUAUUGUAUAGUGAAAUCAAAUUGUAAAUAAGAGGAAUUAUCUGUCAUAAUAAUAAUAAAAAUGUUAAGUCAUAGAAUAGAUUGUAUGUUGAAGAGCAGUAUCACCCCGUGUACAUAUUUAAGUUAUUCAGUGUUUGAGCGGCCCCGUUGCAGCAAUGGAGAAGAAAAUGCUAAGCGAGUUGUAGAUGGCGCCACUAAUGGAUAUGCCUUGUAAUGUGGUUGGUUGAUCAUAAAGAGAUUUGGAAAAAUGAACUUUCUGAUUGGCCAGUCCACGGCUAGACACACACUUGCUGGUGUUGCCAUAUUUAUGCAGUUUUCUUCCCCAUUGUUGUGGCAAGAUAAGUAUAACAUGAAAUGCACAUUAAUGUCAGCUUUAAAUAUUAAUCAGCACAGUUUGGGUUUUUAGACACGACAAGUUAAGACAGCUAUUAAUUUUAUUUUUACACAAUUAUAAUAUGUUUCGUAAGCAUUUAUAGACUGAACAGAAUUUAUAGGCAUCACAUAACUCUCAUCACAUAAGAAAAAAAAAACAACUUCUCAGUUAGUUGUGUUUUUAUUCACAAUUAAAGAUAAUUAAAUUAGUUACAGAUCGGAUGCCAUAGUUAAAUUAAUUCGUUAGAGAUAGUGCAUAACUGCGCAACAGACGUGGUAAAGAAAUAAUAAUUCAAUGUGACCCAAUAUAGAUAUAUCUAGAUGAAAACGAAUAGACCCGAUUAUUUAGUGUUUUCGAAAUUUGUAUGUGAAAAUGUCUGACAGCUAGAAUUUUAAUUAACAUUUUACAUUACAAGAUAUCAUUAUGGCAGUAUAUUAGAUAAAUUUUAUAUAACAAUGCAAUCAAGUAUUAUCUGUCUACAAUAAUUUUACAAUCAUUAUUCAUACAUAAAUAUUAUAUGGAUUUUUGUAAUAGAAACCUGGUACCAUUUAUGUAAGAUAAUAAUAUGGCCAUAUACAAAAUUUAUCAACGUUAGCCAUCAGUUUGUAAACAGAGGUUGUUAUUUUGUGUACGUUUCAAUACAUUCAAGUUAUAACUUGCAUCGACAUUAUGAUAAUAAUAAAAGUACAUACAGAUUAUUUUAAUUACCUAUUACGUUACAAUUUUAGUAAUUAUACAGAUUUUUUUAUUAGCAGAGUGAACCAACAGGAUGUAAGAAGAUCACAUAUAUUAACCUUAACUUCUGCUUUUAAAAAAUAACAGUUUAUACAUAUUUUUAAUUUGUAUUUUUUAAAUGAAAUAAGAUUAACUUGAAAUUAUUUUCCUAUUUCCAUUUUCAACUAUUUCUUAGAUUUUUUCAUCCCUAUGACAUGGCAUUAUGAAGUCUCUUUUAUUCCGUGAAUGUGUGUUAUGAAGAGGGAGGGUGGUUUUAUUAGGUUUGUGAACAAAAUGCGUGCUCCGGUAUAUCCGUGCAUUUUAUUAGUCUAUUCUUGUAAAAGACCAAAACAUCACCAAGUGAUAAUCAAAUAUAUUUUAGUGUAAACCUCUGCUCUUGAUAUUAUUUUCUGUGUUAAAAGUAAUGCUUUUAUUUCUAAUGUACACAAUGCCAUUUUGCCUAAUGUUAUUAUAAAUUAUAUUGAUUGCUUUUAAAGCACCAAUUUUUACAAUGCAUAGUUCUAUGACCUGUCUAUACAUUUUAUUACUUUAUUUAUUUCUAUCAUUAUUUUGUAUUGUGGUAAAUUUUACCAAAAAUAAUAAAAAUACUAAAAUAUGCUUUA